UCCACUGCUGAAGGUGUUUGAUCGGGAUCAUGGAGCUGGUCUUUCUGUCAGCCUGUCCCUCUCUGCACCUCUAACCCUCCAGCUGCUCCACUAUGGCGCUCCCGGAAAACGACUCCUGCUCCGUGGCUGAGUUCAAUCGGUCAGUGGACGGCGGACACACACCGGAGUCGGUGAUUGUGCCGGUGGUGUUCGGGAUCAUUUUCGUGUUGGGGGUGGUGGGGAACAUUCUAGUGCUAGUAGUGAUAGGGAAGGUGGGGUACAGCGCAGGUGGGGGAGGCGGCGGUGGAAGUGGAGGAGGAGUUGGGAGGCGCUCGCUUAGCCCGACCAACAUCUUCAUCCUGAACCUGAGCGUGGCGGACCUCGGCUUCCUGCUCUUCUGCGUGCCCUUCCAAGCCACCAUUUACACUCUGCCGGAGUGGGUGUUCGGGGCCUUCCUCUGUACGUUUGUACACUAUAUCUUCACCGUCAACAUGCUUGUGAGCAUCUUCACGCUCGUGGCCAUGUCCGUGGACCGCUACAUUGCCGUGGUGCGCUCCAACAAAUCUCUGAGCGUCCGGAGCCCAAGGAACGCACUGGCAGGGCUGUGCGUCAUCUGGACGAUGUCUCUGGUGUGCUCGGUGCCGGUGGCCAAGCACCAGGGCCUCAUUAGCUACCACAACGGAACUUUCUGCUGGGAGGACUGGGCCGGAGCCUCCAAAAACGCCUACAAAGUGACCCUCCUGGUGUUGGGGUACCUGCUACCGCUGCUCCUCAUCAGCUGCUGUUACACUAAGCAUCCUGUAGAUUCACACAGAUGUUGUGUCUCCCUGCAGACGGCUCAGACGGUCCUCCUGGUCGUCACUGUCUUCACUAUCUGCUGGAUGCCCCACCACAUCAUCGUCAUGUGGGCGGAGUUCGGCACUUUCCCCCUGACCCAGGCGACCUAUGUCUUCCGCCUCGUGUCCCACUGCCUGUCCUAUGGAAACUCCUGCGUUAACCCCAUCCUGUACGCCUUCCUGUCUGAGAACUUCCGCAAAGCCUGUCGCAAGGUCUUUACCUGCUACUUCCUGUACCCGCCGCCGCCCACAGAAAAUGUGGUUCGUUUUCGCAUGGAAAACUUCUCCACCACACACUCCACCACCAACAUAUGAAGGGCCAAGAUAAAUGACACUCAGG